AUUGCUUUUCUUACGAAGUUGCCGAUAAAUGCGAUUCUAUAAAUGGAACUUUCUACUUGAGGGAAUGUUAUAAUGCCACCUAUGCCGAGGAACAUAAUAUCACAGAAUUGGCGCUGCAUGCCCUAAAGAAGCCACCAGCAGAGGAGUAUUUCACGAAUUACGUAUUGGGUCUCUCAUCGGGUAUUGAAGAAACUGGAGCCAUAAAAAUAUCCCUGGCCGCCUGUUUGUUUUGUGCCUGGACCAUUGUGUUCUUGUGUCUGUGUAAAGGUGUACAAUCUUCGGGUAAAGUCGUCUAUUUUACCGCUCUAUUUCCCUAUGUGGUGUUGGUUAUCUUAUUUUUCCGUGGUGUUACUUUGCCGGGUGCCGGAACGGGUAUACUAUUUUAUUUGACACCAGAUUUUAAUCAAUUAGCAAAUGCCCAGGUUUGGGGCGAUGCUGCAGUACAAAUCUUCUUUGCCUUAAGUCCAGCUUGGGGUGGUCUAAUUACAUUGUCAUCGUAUAAUAAAUUUUCGAAUAAUUGUUACAAGGAUUCUCUCAUUGUGGCCUUUUGUAAUAUAGCCACAUCGUUCUUUGCUGGCUUAGUUAUAUUUUCAAUUAUUGGAUUUUUGGCUCACGAAUUGGAUGUGGAAGUCGAAAAGGUAGUGGAUCAAGGUGCUGGCUUGGCUUUUAUAGUGUAUCCAGAAGUGGUUACCCGGUUACCAAUAUCUCCCGUUUGGUCGGUAUUAUUUUUUGUCAUGCUUCUGACAUUGGGUUUGGACUCACAGUUCGCCUUAAUGGAAACUGUUACAACUGCCAUUUUGGAUAAAUUUCCAAAUUUAAGACAAUACAAAACAUGGGUUGUACUAUUUGUCGGAAUAUUUGGUUAUGUUGGCGGCUUGGGCUUUACCACAAAUAGCGGCAUGUAUUGGCUGCAGUUGAUGGACAAAUACGCAGCCAAUUGGUCUGUCUUAUUGAUAGCCAUCUCCGAAUGUGUUCUCAUUGCCUGGAUAUAUGGUUCACAGAAUUUCUUAAAUGAUAUCCAAGGUAUGAUUGGUAAACGUUCGAAAAUGUGGAACUAUUUUUGGUCCGGUAUGUGGCGUUUUGUGACACCAGCAACGUUAUUGUUCAUCCUGUUCUUCAAUUGGGUUGAAUAUAAGCCAGCCUCAUAUGGACAAUACGUCUACCCAUUGUGGGCUGAUGCUGUUGGGUGGGUUAUUGGUCUGCUACCAGUGUUGGUCAUAUUUUUGGUAGCCUUUAAACAAAUCUACAAUGGACCCGAACAUUUGGGUAUCAAAGAUCGUAUUGUGUUCUUGUUAAAGCCAACAGAGGAAUGGGGUCCUGCUGGACGACCCUGCUUAUAUCCAGAUCGUUAUCAAAAUGAAAAUACAGCCAGUCUGAUGGAAGGAGCUAUGCCAGAGGUGUUACCCUUUGAAGACAAUGGUACCACAUUUGGUGCUGGCAGUAAUCGUGGAGCUGGUGGUGAUGGUACUAGCAUUGGUAUUGGUAGUCAAAAAGAAGCAAUGCAGCUCUGAGAGCGAGCUAUGGCAUCAACUUCGACAUUUGCCCCCAAGCAAAUGA